AUGCCGUUGCGCGUGACGCACGGACUGGUACGCUGGUCUCCAUGCGGUCGGUACUUGGCAGCUGCAUGCGGCAACCGCCUGUCCAUACGUGACGCGCUUUCGCUACAGCUUGUGCAGCGCUACUCGAGUGUGGACGAAGUGCAGACGCUGGUGUGGUCCGAGGACUCGGAGUUGGUACUUACGGCCUCACUCAGGCGAGCUGUAGUGCAGCUCUGGUCAGUGCAGGACGCAUCCUGGACCUGCAAGAUCUCGGAGGGUGUGGCAGGACUGGUUCACGCUAGAUGGACACCCGAUGCGCGUCAUGUCGUGACAGUGUCCGACUUCCAACUGCACGCUACCGUGUGGUCCCUCGAGGACCCGACAGCGAGAUGCUCCAUCCGCAGUCCUAAACUCGCAGCCGAUGGUCUCAGCUUCUCGAGAAAUGGAGAAUUUCUGGCUGUGGUCGAGCGCCACGACUGCAAGGACUUUAUUGGCGUCUACAGCUGCGAAUCGUGGGAGCUUACGACGCACUUCUCCAUCGACAGCUACGACUGUGUUGAGAUCUCGUGGUCGCCCGAUGACGCGGCCAUCGCGGUGCGGGAUACCCACUUGGAGUUUAGAGUGUUGCUGUAUUCACCUGAUGGGACGUUGCUGGCCAAGUACCAGGCUUAUGAGAAUGCUCUGGGGCUGAAGACUAUGACGUGGUCACCGUCCGGACAGUUCCUGGCGCUUGGAAGCUACGACGAGCAUCUGCGUGUACUGAGUCAUAUUAACUGGAAACUCAUCGCAGAUUUUGAUCACGAAAGUGUUGCCGUCACAAAAUGUCAUACAAACCACGCAGCGAUAGAACAGGAAGAAAACUUCGCCGAUGCCAAUGUGAUGGAUCGACCGCAAGGCAAACGGGUCUCGGUGGCACAACGAAGCUCUUCCCUGCUGUCGAACUCGUUGCAGGCGGCUUCGGCUGCCGCUCAAGCGGCGGGUGGCAAAAAGUCUCGUGAUAUUUGCUUUGUGCCGCGGGAACCUCCUUUUUCUGUUCAAACAAUUGCCUCUGACCCAUUGACAGAGAAUCCAAAGAUUGGUAUUAGCCGAGUAGUGUGGAGUGCCGAUUCGGCGUUCAUUGCUACAAAAAGCGACCAGAUGCCAUACAAUGUGUGGAUCUGGCGCACCGAGAGCUUGACGCUGCACUCGGUUGUAUCGCUGCUAGAAACGGUACGGAGCUUGCGAUGGGAUCCGGUACACACGCGCCUCGCAAUUACGUCGGGGAAGAAUCGUGUUCACCUUUGGACAACAGAAGGCAUCUCAUGGAUCGACAUACCCACUGAGUCGUUCCAGGGACUGGGUCUUCAAUGGUCACCAUCAGGUGAUGCUCUGAUUGCUGCUGGUCGUCAGGAUUUUUGCGCCAUAACGCUAUAA